AUAGCAAUAGCUUAAACCAAAAUAAAAUGUAGACACGUUAUUUUUUUUAAAUUUAAAUAAAAGUAUUAUUCGUAUUAAGUUGUAUUUCUAUUUUUUCAGUAUGAGUGGGGACAAUUUAUGGCAAGACCGUGAAACGAGAUUUGAUGUCAACCCAUCUUUGCUAAAUCUUGUUCGUGGAGAGAAGGUAAUACUGGAGCUAAAUGCUGUUGAAGAUAGCAAAGGAAACACUGGCGUUCUAGGUUCUGCAAUAUUGAGCAAUUUAAGGUUCAUAUGGCAUUCUCAAAAGUUCCCCAAAGUUAACAUUUCUUUAGGACAUAACUGUAUAUUGAGUGUCAACUGUAUACAUUCUCAAUCGAAAAUUAAGAGUUCUUCUGAUUCAGUGAUCAUUUCUGCCGAAUGUUCCGGCGAAAAAUAUGAAUUUGUCUUCAGUAAUUUGAUUGUAGAUGGCCCUUCACUUUACACGAGUUUAAACUCAGUUCUCAGGGCAUACGUCUCGAGCAAGAUGUAUAGAGAGGUGAAACUAAGAGGUUCCCUAUUUAAAGACGAUGCCCUUAAAACAUACCCACACGAGGAAAUAUUCCGAGAAAUCCACGGGGUACUCAAUCUCUCCAACGAUCAGGGAAACAUAGGUGUGAUGAUAGUGACCAACGUGAGGGUGGUGUGGUACGCUCUGAGCAACCAAAUCUACAACGUCAGCAUCCCCUACUUGCAAAUUAUAGAUGUUAAAGUGAAAGAUUCCAAAUUUGGCCGUGCCAUCGUUUUUGAGAUCACGAAACAAGGAGGAGGGUACAUACUUGGUUUCCGCAUCGAUCCGGUCGAGAAGCUGCAGGCAGUUUUCAGGGAAGUGAGGAAACUGUACAAGAUGUUCACACACAAUCCCAACUAUGGCAUUGAGUGUAGCGUGGAGAACAGCAUGGCGGAGUCGAAGCAGAAUUCAUCAAAGUUCUCAGACGAUGCAGAGGUGUAUGAGGACCACGGAGAACACUCUGACGUGUUUGCUUUGUAUUGUGUUGAUGGCGGGAGAGCCACGAACAGGGAACCAGUGUACAAUGAAGAGCUGGGUCUCCUCAUUGAAAAACUGCCAGAUGGUUACACCUUAUCAGAUUUAUGGGAUGUGAUGAAGUGAGUAGGGGAAACAACUCAAAAGAUGCCAACGCUAUAAAUUUGAUACAGAUUUUUGUGUGGACUUUUUUUUAGUUGCAGAAUUUUUAAUUCUCGUUAACCAGCUAA